AUGCGUGCCUCCAUUUUUCUCGCCGUCGCGGCCGGCGUCCUGUCCCCGGCGUAUGCUCAGGUCGUAGGCAAGGCGUUCGGAAUGGCCGCCGGCACGACCGGUGGCGGCAGCGCGACGCCGGCCGCCCCGGCCGACAUCAAGCAGCUCGCUGCAUGGCUCGCCGACAGCACGCCCCGUGUCAUCUUGAUCGACCGGGAAUUCAACUUCAUCGGCUCCGAGGGCACAGCGACCUCGGCCGGCUGUGAGAACAAGGACUGCCCCGUAUCCAAGGGCGGCCAGGACUACAUUGGAACGCUUUCAUGCGGCGACACAGCCAGGAUGAACCCCAUUGCCUCGGUCAAGUACGACACUGCCGGCACAAAGCCCAUGCCCGUCGGCAGCAACAAGUCCAUCAUCGGUGUCGGCAACAAGGGUGCCAUUGUCGGCAAGGGUCUGCGCAUCAUCGGCUCGAAGAACAUCAUCAUCCAGAACAUCCACUUCACCAACAUCAACCCCAAGUCGGUGUGGGGCGGCGAUGCCCUGACGCUGGGCAACACGGACAACAUCUGGAUCGACCACAACAAGUUCUCCCUCGUCGGCCGCCAGUUCAUCGUCUCGGGCUGGGACGCCGCCGGCCGUGUCACCGUGUCGAACAACGAGUUUGACGGCGCGACCAAGUGGACCUCUUCACCUUCUCGGGCAACUGGCUGCACGACAUCUCGGGCCGCGCGCCGCACUACGGCACCGACAAGAACGGCGCCACCAAUGUCUUCCACGCCGUCAACAACCUCUUUGAGAACAUGA